AUGUCUCCCGUGCUCACUCGGUCGCGCUCCAAGGCGUUAAACCAACCGGUUUUCAUUGAUGACAAUUGGAAUGACGCGUAUAUACAGACAAAGGAUGAAGAGAUUGAUGCCAUGCUGGCGGCUGAUGCGUUACAGUCUGGAUGGGAUGAGCUUGAGGAAGAAAAUUCAAAUGGUACAGACGAUCAUGCGGCCGAUAGUGACGAGGACGCGUGGGAUUCGGACUCGGACGAGUCUGAGGACAAUGAAGAAGAUUGGCUCGAGCGACCACGUGUAAAGACAGAGCUGAGUUUUACCCAGCAAUGGAUGGCGGCCGGUGGGUUGCUAGAGAAUCUCGGCUGGACGUUGGCUGCUGUAAGCGUAGCCCCUUUGCUACUGUACAUUUCGUUGCCUCACAGUGACGAGCUGUCGUGGCCUUUACAGAGUCCACGACUGGCCGGAAUGCUGUCAAAAUUGAUAUUGAAUCUGCUGACACUGGCGGCUGUGGCGACGGCGCUGUACGGUGCAUCUUGCAGCUUGGAACCAUUAACGUUAAACUCGGUGAUCAAUUGGAGACAAUUGGACAUUGAGACGCCUGUAGAGUGUGGAGAGAGACUGCUGUAUGAAGGGAAGGCAUUUGUGACGGCGGUAAUGGAGACGGUUGUCAUUGGAUUAAGUCUUGACGCGUCCUCGAGACGGUUGGAUGAUAAUUUGUGGACGCUUAUCGCGACCUUGGAUGCGCCAGUGGCGAGGCAAUUGGCGGCAUUGGUCGCUGCUAUUUUGGUGACAGUCACUUGUUUCCACCGUGUUUGGGCUAAAACGCUGGUGCUGGUGACGGCGGCGAGCUAUGUGGCGUUGAAUGUGAUGACUGAACUGAAGAUGCAGCAACAAGCAGCCGUCGAAAUUUUUUCUCUCGACCCCACCUUUGCCUUUGUCAACGAGAGCAUCCUUGUUGCAAUUGACGGACAGAAUCUCGAACAAGGCGGAACCGUAGCAUGGGCACCUUACUGGGGAGGAGUGCAGCAGAAGCAAGCGACAUAUUGUCCAAAGCGCUAUCCACAGCAGCUUAGGAACGGUGGCGUGCUCGUGAUCUUUGAUCACGUCAACGAGUAUAUUCCGUGUUACCUGAGUGCCAAAGAAACUGCUUCUGCGGUGAUUGCUGACGGCGAGAUUCAGCCCUCGGAGGCAUUCCAGUGUUUUAGUAGCAUCCGGUUGCGUGUCAAGGACCCGAAAAGUGUGCCAGGUUGGUCACUUCAUGAGCACCAGCUGGAGGAAGAUCCUAUUCAGAAGCAAGAACUGUGA